AUGUUUAGAUCUGUGUUAGUACGCCAAUCUGUUUGCAAUGUCGUUCCUAAGACUCUGGUUGCACCUCUUUGUGGAGCACAAUUAAUCCAUACGAGUUCGUUAUUAUCCUUACAUCAAACAGGAAUUGUUAACAAGAAGUCUGAAGCCAAGGGUGGUCCAAAAAGACCAAUCCCAUCUUUUAUGCUUUUUGUCAAAAGUAUAAGGGGCAAUUUAACUCAGGAAUAUCCUCAUUAUAAACCUACUGAGAUUGCUAAAUUAUGUGGUGAACGUUGGAGAGCUUUAAGUGAAUAUGAGAAGAGACCAUUUGUAGAGGAAUAUGAAAAAGCUUUAGAGGAUUAUAAAAUAGAAAAAUUAGCAUUUGAAAAGACUCUACCUCCAAAGAGACCUGGCGGUCCUUUUAUUCAAUAUGCUAAUGAAGUUCGUUCAUCUGUUGAUGAGAAGUAUUCAGAGCUAUCAUUAGUGGAAAGAACCAAAAAAAUUGGUGAAGGCUGGAGGUCUUUAAGUGAAUAUGAAAGACAACAGUACACUGAUAAAUAUGAAGCUUUGAUGAAUGAAUGGAAGCUAAAAAUGCAAAACUCAAGUUGA